UCUAUCUUUUUUAUAGACGUAGACGAUCUUUGGAUAUUUCCUAGGAACUUUGGUGAUGAUGGAGCCGUGGCUGCUAAAAGAUUUCUGUCGGAUCAUAUUCAGCGACGCGCACGUCGUUUCCGUGUAGCUAGCUAGCUAGCAUCUUUUGGCUGUAAACAGAAGUUUAACAACAGCCAAUAAGGUGUUGCUUUUGUAUUUUACUGGACCAGAUUGAGUUCGGGCCGUCGUAGCGGACGAACCUUCGAGUGACAGGCCAGAGGUUGGAUUUCAUCAUGGAUGUAAGCGGAGCAACAUUUAGCCCGCCUCCAGGAGAAGAGUAUCGACAGCGGGCUGUGUGCGGCCCGGAGGAGCAGAAUGUGCAGCCGGAGCUGGCGCACAUGACGCUGCAAGAUGCAGAUGCAGGCAAUGUGGCCGUUCAGCAAGAGACAUGUUAUGAGAACAGAGGCCCCUGGGCUCAGACAGACCUUGUGCCAAAGGAUCAGGCUGUGCAGACGGAUGGCACAACAGAGGAUCUGGGCAUCAACACAGACGCAGACUGGGAGAACCAGGUGGAGGCUAUGAACGAGUACAGCUCCAAACUAAUGCAGCAGUACGAAAGUCUGAUGAAGAAGCACGGCCAGGAGGAGGUGGCGCAUGAGAAGCACAUACAACAGCUGCAGAGGAAGAAGGAGGAGGCCAUCCGCCAGCACCAGGCUCUUCUGGUAAAACUUGAGUCUGUGCGAGUUAAACUACAGCUGAACAACUCAAAGGCCACAAGGAAGAACUUCCUAGCCAAAAACCAGGAAAUGACAGCAGAAAAGAACAAAGCUGAAGAGGAGAGGAACAGGUUGGCGAAAGAGCUGGAAGAGAGUGAGACGAAGCUGACGGCGCUCACGGGCGAGCAGCGUGAGGAAGCGAGGUGGCGGGGGGAGCUGGAGGAGCUGGGGCGAGAGAUGGAGCAAGUGAGGGAGGAGGCGCAGGAGGCCGAGCUGACGGCCCUGCAGGACGAGAUCGCGGCCGUGGAAACGCAGAGAGACGUGGCCAUGACCCGCAUCGAGACCUGGCUGAGAGAGGUGCAGCAGUACCUGAACGCUCUCCGGGCAGAGUUCCCACAGCAGUACCCGCAGGAGAGACGUGAGUGGGAGAAGAAGGAAGGUCUGGUCAGGAGCAGUCGGGUGGAGCUUCAGGGCCGCUUCCAGGAGGUUCUGCUGCAGCUCCAGCAGGGUGAAGAGUUAGAGGCUCUGCCCCGGAUCAACACGCCGUCUCUGCCACAGGUUCCCAUGGCUGAUGUGAGGUUCAAACAGGUGAUGCAGGCUCAUUCUGCACCUUCUCCUCCUCCUCCCAACCCUGUGCACCGACCUCUCCCUCCCCACAGACACCCACACUAUGUCCCCCAGCCCCAGGAGCCCUACCACCGCCCUCAGUACCGUCAUCACUAUCCCGACCCACACCACAACCCUCCACAGGAACACUACUUCUCCACAACGCCCCCUCCACUGCACCAGUUCCAGCAGCCUCAGCUCCAGGCCUACGUCCGCGCUCCCGCUCCCAGCCUUUCCCCAUCACCUCCUUUUCAACCAGUCCACCCGGUUAUUCCCUCCCCACCGCCCCCUGCUGCUGUUUCUGCCCCCACCCCCUCCUCUGCUCCCGCUGGCAAACUAGACAAAGUCCUGGAGAAACUCAGGAUCAAGUUUCCACAGUGUGACAGGGCCCAGCUCACGUCCCUGCUGCAGCAGGUCAAGAGCUCCCGGGGAACGUUAGCUGGCAUGACGAUGGAGGAGGUCAUGGAGCAGGUCGGCUUGAGGCUGGCACAGAACGAGAGGGCGGCCCCGGGGCCCAUAAGCCGGCCCCCGCCCCCAGGCCCCAUCCAGCGACCGCCCCCUCCUAUGCACAGGGCGGCCAGGGCCCAAAAACUGUGCCUGAUGUGCCAGAAACACAUGGAUCCAGAGAGCCGACACCCACUGAGCUGCUCCCACGUCAUACACAAAGAGUGCAUUCGAGUGUGGCUGCAGGCCAGCAAGAACAACUCCUGCCCCUUCUGCCCCACCAAGUGAAGAGACGCGUGAGUGGUUCACUCACAGCAGAGGCGUAGAAGAACCAGCUAACAGCAUCAGUGUGCAACGUUUCACUGCUCGAUCAGCUGUGAAUGCUUUUUAACUCACAGUGUCAGCUUCAACUGUUGUUGAACUAUGAUGUUUAAUGGUCAUUGACUGUUUGAUGAUUUAAAUACUUCAAUUAAAAGCAUCUUCAGUGUGAAA